AUGGCAAUUCACAUUCCUGAUAGGUUAUCGCUAGAAAAACAUCUUGAUACCAAUUCUCCUACUAAUAAUAAUCCAUUGCAAAGUGGUGUAACAUCAUCAGUUGAACGGCAAUCAUCAUCGAUUAAUGUAUCAUCUAUAAACACAAAUAAAAUCAUCGAUUUAUUUGUUUGUUCAACUGAAAAAUCGCAUCGAUAUCAACCUGUUGGUGCAAAUCCUAACUUACUACUCACUUCUCGUAUAAUUCCACACGGUCCAAAUCCUUUACUUGUUCAUGGACCAAAUCCAUCCUUAGUCCAUGGUUCAAUUUAUCAAUAAGAUAACAACAGUAAUGAUUGAUAAAAAAUAUUAUUUCAUUAUCAACUGACUCAUAUUCAAAUUCAAUAUGGCGGAAGUGAGGAAAUAAAAUAAUAAUCAAGUAUCAAAAAGUGCUUCUUUAUUUUUAUUCUUCUUCUUGUUCAGAUUUACAGUAGUAGUAGUAUCACUUCACUGUAAAAUAUGUUAAUAAUAUAUAAAAUUGAUCGAUUGAGAAUAACUUUUC